AUGAACAUUCUCAAGUCCGUGCUCUCCAAGGACGCCCCGGUCACUGAAAAGGAGCUUCUCCACUCCGUCCAGUCCGACGGGGACGAAAUCAACGCCAAGGGCGACAACUACGUGCUCACCGAGCGCGGCGCGUCCUCGUCGCAAGACGAACUCGACGCCCACAAGUCUCUAGUGUCGCCCGUCCGCUCUGCCGAAUAUGACCCGCUCGCCGACAAACUAUCCGCGCAGGCGCAGGACGAUGAGUAUGCGGGCAUCACGGUCGAAGACGACUCGCCUUACCCAGAAGUCCGUGCAGCCGUGCCCUCGACCGACGACACCACAUUGCACCAAAACACCGUGCGUAUGUGGACUCUGGGUAUGAUCAUGACCACCAUCGGUUGUGCUCUGAACAUGUUGUUCUCCAUGCACGCGCCCUCCAUCGUGCUUACGACUUUCGUCACGUCCAUCCUGGCUUGGCCGCUAGGUCGUGGCUGGGACUUGAUCUUCCCUAACAAGCCCAUGUUUGGUCGUUUCGGUGGGCCUUCCUGGAACCCAGCACCCUUCAACGUCAAAGAACACGCACUCAUCACCAUCAUGGGUAACGUCGCCUUCGGCGGUGGUAAUGCGUACGCAACCGAUAUCCUGAUGUCAAUGAACAACUUUUACCACGUCAACUUUGGCUGGGGUUUCAAUCUGCUCGCCGUUUGGUCCACUCAAUGUAUCGGUUUCUCUAUGGCCGGUCUUGCCAGAGAUGUGCUUGUCACACCAGCUUCCAUGAUCUGGCCUGCCAAUCUAGUCACUUGUACCUUCCUCACCAACAUGCACAUCAACGAAAACCACGUCGCUAACGGCUGGAAGAUCUCGCGUUUAAAAUUCUUCCUGAUUGUGUUUAUCAUCGGCUUCGUUUACUACUGGUUCCCUGGCUGGAUCUUCCAGGCGUUGUCCUACUUUGCAUGGGUUACUUGGAUCAAGCCCAAGGAUGUGAUCGUCAAUCAAGUCUUUGGUGCCUCCACUGGUCUAGGUCUAAUCCCACUCACUUUUGAUUGGAAUCAAAUCGCCGGUUACGUUGGUUCUCCCUUGAUCCCACCCGUGGGUGUCUUGUUUACCAUCUUGUUCUCUAUGGUAACCAUCUUUUGGGUCAUUGUUCCUGCCAUUCAUUAUUCUAACGUGUGGUACGGUAAGUAUCUACCAAUUUCUGACUCCAGCUCUUAUGACAGGUAUCAGCAGACCUACAAUGUCUCCAGAAUUGUCAAUUCGGACUUGAGCUUCAACAAGGACGCAUACCAAAGUUACUCGCCCUUGUAUUUGUCCGCCACUUUCGCCAUCUCUUACGGAUUGUCCUUUGCGUCCAUGACUGCCACUAUUGUUCACGCUGCUCUUUUCCACGGUAGGGAUAUCUGGAGACAAGUUAGACAUGUUAAAGACGAUGAACCUGAUGUACACGCUAGGUUAAUGGCCCAAUACAAGGACGUACCUCAAUGGUGGUACGGAAUUGUUUUCCUAGUCUUUUUCGGUAUGUCCAUCGCUACUGUGAGAGCCUGGAACACCGAGAUGCCUAUUUUCGCCCUGAUCAUUGCGUUACUUAUUGCCGCUUUCUUCCUAUUGCCCAUCGGUAUUAUCUACGCCUUGACCAACAUUGCAGUCGGUUUGAAUGUCAUCACUGAGUUCAUCAUCGGGUACAUGUUGCCCGGUAAACCCAUUGCCAUGAUGUUCUUCAAGACCUUCGGUUAUAUUACCAACAACCAAGCCAUCACUUUCGCACAAGACAUGAAACUCGGCCAUUACAUGAAGAUCCAACCAAGGGUAAUGUUCUGGGCCCAAUUGAUUGCAACAGUAUGGGGUGGUCUUGUUCAAGUGUGUGUACUAAAAUGGGCCCAAGGCUCUAUUGAAGGCGUGUGUACAAGCACCCAAAAGUCCCACUUCACUUGCCCCGGUGCUCGUGUCUUCUUCAAUGCUUCCAUCAUUUGGGGUGUCAUCGGCCCUGAGAGAAUGUUUUCUCAAGGUCAAAUGUACAACAAGUUGAUGUAUUUCUUCAUUUUGGGAGCCGGAUUACCUGUGGUCAACUGGCUGGUAUUGAAGAAAUGGCCUAAAUCAUUUAUCAAGUACCUAAACUGGCCUGUUUUCUUCUCCGGUACAGGACUGAUUCCACCUGCCACACCUUACAACUAUGGUUCGUACUGUUUUGUCGGUAUUUUCUUCGGAUACUACGUCAAGAAGAGAUGGUUUCAUUGGUGGUCGAAGUACAAUUACUCAUUGUCUGCGGGUCUAGAUAUCUCGCUGGCGUGGUCUUCGCUGAUCAUCUUUUUGACAUUGUCGCUGACAAAUGCCUCUGCUCCUGCUUGGUGGGGUAACGAUGUGAUUAACACCAUCGAUACCAAUGGCGAGGCCAUUCAAGUGGUAUUAGACGAAGGGCAAUCCUUCGGGCUGACUUCCUGGUAG